CAACGUAAUUGUACGCAGCCUUGUAUUUCGUGCCAUGAUGAGACUGAAUAAUGAAUGUUCUCAUGUAAAUCAUACGAAUUCUUGCUCAUGAGAGCGUCCGUGUGGUUUGAGAUCGCUUCGUUCCAUUUCUCUUGGACAUUUACUCACAUUUUUGUCUCUAUUACAUUCUCAUAGCAUCUGCGUCCCACAAACGACCCCCAAGGAAACCCCCAAUUCUGAGAACCCAAUUGGAGGCGGGACAGUAUCUGCCGAGUCUGUACGGAGUAGAUCAGUCCAAACUGGUCUUGAUAUCUUAAGUAGACCGUUUCGCGCGUCGCAUCUUUCUUCUUACAACUCAAUUGACUCAAUUCCCCUUGUUAUACCCCUCAAGCUUUUUGUACAUAACCAGCAUGGCCAAGGUCUUCGACGCGGCUGAAGUGGCCAAACACAAUACCCCAGAGAGCUGCUGGGUCAUUCUCUAUGGCAAAGUCUACGAUGUGACUGAGUUUCUUCCAUCGCAUCCAGGUGGUAAGAAGAUCAUCCUGAAGCUCGCCGGAAAGGAUGCCACCGACGAAUAUGAUCCCGUUCACCCACCUGGCACCCUCGAGGAGAACCUCAAACCUGAGAAUAUCCUCGGUGAAGUGAAUCCCGAAACACUCACUGACUCCCAAUUGACCGGCGAAGACACCACUAGACAGUCCCGAGACGACCAGCCGCCACCAAUGGCAUCACUCAUGAAUCUUGAUGAGAUCGAGGAAGAGGCUACCAAGCGCAUUUCGAAAAAGGCUUGGGCAUACUAUUUCUCAGCCGCCGACGAUCUAUUUUCAAAGAACUACAACAACUAUGUCUAUAAAAAUAUCCUUCUUAGGCCACGAGUAUUUGUUGACUGUACAGCUUGCGAUCUUUCAACCACAUUAAUUGGCAACAAAGUUGGGCUACCAAUCUUCGUCGCCCCUGCUGCUAUGGCCCGUCUAGCUCAUCCAGACGGAGAGCAAGGCAUCGCCAAGGCAUGCUCUCGAUUCGGUGCCAUGCAGAUUGUGUCGAACAACGCGUCGAUGACCCCUGAGCAGAUCAUCGAGGGCGCGAAGCCAGGUCAGACCUUUGGCUGGCAGCUCUACGUCCAGAACCAACGAGAGAAGAGCGAGGCUAUGCUCAAGCGCAUCAACUCUAUGCGAGAGUACUACAAGUUUAUCUGCUUGACCCUUGAUGCGCCUGUUCCUGGUAAACGUGAGCUGGAUGAAAAGCAAAACUUUGAUUACUCCGAACCCAGUCCCGCCAGCGGUGAGAGCAAGCCCGGUGCUGGAGGUGUUGGUCAACAGCUGUUUUUCGGUACAGCGGCCGACUUGACUUGGAAGACAACUCUUCCCUGGCUGGCUGCUCACACAGAUCUGCCCAUCGUUCUUAAGGGUCUUCAGACUCAUGAGGAUGCUUACCUCGCAGCCAAGUAUGCUCCUCAAGUAAAGGCCAUCAUCUUAUCGAACCAUGGCGGUCGUGCUGCCGACACAGCCCCUCCAGCUAUCCACACACUUCUCGAAAUCCGCAAAUACUGCCCUGAGAUUCUGAGCAAGGUCCAAAUAUGGGUUGAUGGUGGCAUCAAGCGAGGAACAGAUGUUGUAAAAGCAUUGUGUCUGGGAGCCAGCGGCGUUGGUAUUGGACGCGGUGCUCUCUUUGGACUUGGCGCUGGUGGCCAAGCCGGAGUCGAGAGAACACUCGAGAGUAAGUUGAGCCUGUGAUUUCGAGAAUGCCCGAACCCCGGCUAACACAUGCAAAACAGUCCUCGAGGCAGAGACAGCGACAUGUAUGCGAUUACUCGGAGCCAAGAAUAUCUCGGAGCUUGGCCCUAGAUUCGUAAGAUUUCCCCAGCUUUUCCCCAGACUCCACUCGCUGUGGUUGGCGAUCUCGACUAACUCGCUUGGCAGGUCAAUGCUCGACAGGUGGAACGAGAUAUCUACGAUGGAGAUUCAGGGUUGGACCGUCAAGGCUUGU